AUGCAUCAGACCAUCGACCCCGCAAUCCUCUACUGGGAGAGUGCCGUCAUCAUCAUCUCGACUACAAACCAAGAUGGAACAACACACCUCGCGCCAAUGUCCUCAGCCUGGUGGCUCAGUCAACGCUGCAUGUUGGGUCUAGCAGCACAGUCCCAGACCACCAUCAACCUGCAGCGGAGCAAGCAAUGCGUCCUGAACCUACCGUCGGACACUAUGACAGCUGCUGGCUACCGUCAUGUUAAAGACAUGUUUGCGUUGGCUCAACUGACACCUACGGCAUCCGAGGUAGUCGAGCCAUCUCGAAUUAUGGAAUGUCCGCUGCAGAUGGAGGCAGAACUUGUGGCUGUCAAUGAGAUGAAUCGGGAUGAGGAGGGCAAGGAGGGAUUCCUUCUAGGACUUGAGGUCAAGGUUUUGCGAAUCCAAGCCGAGGAGCACAUUAUGCAGAUUGGGAGUCAAGCCCCUGUUGUUCGCAAUACGGCCAAUGCGGUGUGGGAGCAUAUUGUCUCGGACUACAAGUUGACUUCGUUGGACGGGAUUACAGCAAACACACAAUUUCUUGGAGAUGCGUCAAAGGCCAACUGGGUGUCACAAGGGACGCCCUUACUAACGCCGGACAAUAGCGCAGUCAUCUUGACCUUGGCAGAAGACGGGGCAAGUGCAUCUGGAACACUUCUAUCUAGUUCACAUUACGUGUGGUAUGGAAAGGUUAGCGCGACUAUGAAGACAAGUCGAGGCGCAGGUGUUGUGUCCGCCUUUGUCCUCUUCUCGGACGUACAAGACGAGAUAGAUUUUGAAUUUGUGGGCACCGAUCUCAAUACCGCCCAAUCCAACUUCUACUGGCAAGGCGUCACGGAUUAUGAGAAUGAAAUCAAUUUGACCGUGUCGGAAGGUGGGGAUACCUUUAGCGCUUGGCAUACAUACGAAGUUGAUUGGACACCAACAUCAUUGACGUGGUCUGUGGAUGGCAAUGCCUCACGUGUCCUGAACAAGGCCGAUACUUUCAACAAAACGGACAAUAAAUAUCACUACCCACAAACACCUGCCCGUAUUCAGCUCUCCCUCUGGCCUGCUGGUACAACCAAGAGCGGGCAGGGCACGAUUGAUUGGGCUGGGGGGUUGAUCAACUGGAAUUCGCAGGAUGUCCAGACGAACGGCUAUUUCUAUUCUAUGUACAAUGAUGUCAACGUGGAGUGCUAUCCAGCGCCAUCGGACGCGAACGGUACUGGCACCGUAUCAUACAAGUACGGCGACGUGGAUGGGCUGGAAGGCGACAUCGAACUCACAAACGACCCAACUAUUCUCGGGUCAUUCGUUGCGGACGGUACGGAUAUGAGCAAGGGAAAGUCCAACCCGUCAAGUACAUCGUCAACAAAAGGAGGGUCAGCUACAGCAACACCAACCAAUCUGGCAACCGUACCAGGCUUGUCAGGUGCAGGUGGCACAGAUGGGACCGGAGUUGGCGGUGACUCGGGCUCGGGGUCCGGUUCUAGCUCAGGGUCGGGCUCAGGCUCAGACUCUGGCAGCGGAACGUCAAGUGCAUCUGGCACCGCUGCGACAGGCAUUGGUGGCUUUGACCAAGGAGACCAAAAGCAAGGCAGUGGUGCAUCCAAGGGAGAAGAAGUCACGAGAGGCUCAAUUUUCGCUGCUUUGGUCGCGUUUAUUGGUGUGCUCAUGAUGUGGGCUUGA